AUGACAGCUAAAAGCGCUGCUGUAGGCACGGCACAUGGAGUGCCGCUGAGCACGUUGAAGGAGUGUCUUAUGUUCCUGGAGUGGUUGAAAAGUCAUAGUAAUAUGCAACGCCAGACGGCCAGUAACUUGUAUGAGCGUAUUAAAAAGUAUUAUAAGAUUAGUAACAUGAAAAACGACAUUGAGAAAUCGUUGUCACAAUUCCUCACAAACGUGUCGAACUUUUACAAUCGAUUAUGUUAUGUACGUGUUGCUGGAAACUAUAAUGAUAAAACUGCCGCACAAAUUGUUGACACGCUUUUAGACUGUCUACCCAGAUUUAUCUCUGCGUUGCAUUAUCUUUGGUAUGAUGUGAACGCGACUUUUGAGCAACUUGGUGGCGGUGGAUGGAAGAAUGAUUAUCCAGGGGCGAUAUCCAGUUAUUGGUACAGUAGCUAUGGCGGUGACCUUGAUGCGUAUCUUCAUGCACAGCCUAGCAAUAAAUACGGUGGCCUGAUGCCAGGUGGUUUCACCUCUGGCGAUGUGAGGUAUAAUCAGUAUUACGAUGGCUAUCGCCAGGGUUUCAAUAUGGCUCCGGAACUUGGGGUCAUUUUGAAUACAUCACGACAUAAUUAUUUGCUCGACGUCUUAGUUAUAUCCAUUCUUUCUGAUUGCGGUACUCGUAUGGUGAACAGUGCAAACGUUCUUGCAUUGGUGGGAACGUUUUGUGCCAUUGUUGAGACGGACCCAAGUGGUUCAAAAUUAAAAGAGGCUGUGCAAAAAAAAGACACGUGCAUUAAGUGGACUGAAUUAAAACAACAUUGCACAACAGUGAAAUCUCAAAUGCAUAAAGUGUUCAGGAAAGAAGCCUUCGACCAUACCGGCCAGUCACUAGAAUCUAAAGAUAUCAAUAUGGACGAAUUUGCAAAAGUCGCGGCGAAUUGGCUUAGAGCGAAUUUGAGAACAGUGAGAGAUAACUUGCAGAAAAUUAAAACGGAUGAUCCUGCCGUCGCCGCUCCCAAUAAGGACAACCUUGGGGCAUAUUUCACAGAAAAUCUCUACCCCUACGGGUUCAUACUUGAAGACAAUCACUUUAAAAGGAUGAUUAGCCGUCGCAAUGCAUUGCUUCAACAUCAUUGGCGUGAUGUACUUAAUACACUUCUCCAACCGCGAAACGGUCUGGAUCGACUUAGGGAACUUUUAGAAGGUGGGGCAUGUCCACCCAAAAAACCUGAAAUACCGCCUUCAACAGAUAUAAAGAGUGACACAGCGAGGACGGUUGCCACCAAAACGGAAGCAACUAAAACCGAGGCGGCGAAGCCCGUGGUCACCAAAGCCGAGGCGGCGAAGCCGACUGCCACCAAAACUGAAGCGACGAAACCUGUGGCUGCGAAGCCGACUGCCACUAAAACGGAGGCCACCAAGACUGAGGCUGCGAAGCCUGUGGUCACCAAAGCCGAGGCGGCGAAGCCGACUGCCACCAAAACUGAGGUUACGAAGCCCCAAGCUAAGAAUGCUGGAGGAAGUACAAAUCAAAAUACUAGUCAAAGUGGAGGAAAGCCUGCAACUUCAUCAGUCGGCAAAUCUUCUCCAUCUCCGCCUCCCGGUAGUGCAGGAGCGCCAGGGCAGGCAGGGCCUAAAGGUGAUCAAGGCAAUAAAGGGUCUUCUAGUACCAAGUCUACAACAUCUUCUUCGCCUCAAAAUACUGUUCAAAAGCAACAGCUUCCAUCUCAACCGCCGCCAGUCGCUCCCCCUCAAGCCCCUGCCCCCGGUACUCCUGCAGCCCCUGCUUCUACUAGUCAGUCCGGUGGCGGGAGUGGGAGUACAAAUGGCGGUGGUGCUCGAAGUCAAAAGGCUGGUGGAUCUACAUCAACUGUCCAAUCUCAGCCUUCAAGUGUCCAAAAUUCAUCCCCUCCGUCACUUGGUGCCCCUAGUACCGGUGGUGGUAAGGGGCCUGCUUCCGGCGCUGGUCAGCAAGGUGGUACAAGUAAGGGUUCACCGGGCAGUGGUUCUAAAGCUACGCAGCCUGCUGCAACUCAAGUUCCUGCGCAAGCUCAGCCUCCAAGUGGUGCAAGUUCAGGCAUUCCGUCACCUGGUGCCCCUGGCUCCAGUGGUCGUCAGGGUGUGUCUAGCGCUGGUCCACAAGGUGGCAAUGGGCAGGGUGCACCGGGCGGUGUUACUAAUAGUUCACAGCCUGUUGUCACUUCACAGAAUGUUAUUACUCAGCGUUCAAGUGAUUCCAGUCUUGUCCCUCCGUCAUCUGGUGUCCCUAGUCCCGGUGGUGGUCAGGUGUCUACUUCUGUGCCUACUCAGCAAGGUAUUACAAGUAGAGGUGCACAGGGCGGUGAUCCUAAUAGUUCACAGACUGUUGUCCCCCAAGCCCCUGUCUCUUCUCAGCCUCCAGGUGUUGCAACCCAAGGCUCUCCGUCAUCCAGUGUCCCUGCUCCAGUCGGUGGUCAGGGCACGGGUGGCCAGGGGUCCACUUUUAGCACCACUCAACAAAAUGGUCAAGGUACAUCGCAAGGUUCCACCAACGCUUCUAAUACGACAUCCACUGAUUCGGGUGCUGGUACAGGUGGCGGAGCUGGAGGGGUUGGCGGUAGUAAUGGGAAGGGGAAGGCGCAGUUGGAUCCAGCGGCCGAACAGUUGAAAAAGCACCUAGAUGUAUAUGGAGGCAAAAUAAAACGCAAAAAUGAUGAUGCCAGAAAAAACAUGGAGAACAUAUGGAAAAAGGCUCAAGAAACGUUGGAAAAAAUUAAUGAAAAUAAGUUCCGAGCCGAAUUAGAUGAAAAGCGUAAUACACAAACCGCAGUAAAUAGACCUCAGGCACCAACACUUUCUCCAAAUCAGCUCACCCCUCAAAUUCAUCCUACCUCUCAAACUCCACCCACCCCCUCAAUGCAGCCAACCCCUCGAAUUCCACCCACCCGUGCAACUCAACCCAUCCCUCAUGCUCCUGCGCCUUCCAGUCCAAGUCUCACCACCCGUGUUAGUAAUCGUCGCCCGUACUUUGUUCCAGGAGGUGGGAGGACACGUCCGCAAGACGAGAGUGUUUGGAGCAUUAAGCCUUCCGAUAUAACCGGGACAGUCUUAGAGGACACAGACUCCAUAAAACAGCAGAAAAUGCAGACAUUAAAUGCAGCCAAGGCGAAAAUGAAAUUUUGGGAUUUAGACGCUGAGAAGGAAGCAUUUAAAGUUAAAGUUGCAAAGUCGAAUGAUGAGGAACAAAAAAAAGCAGCAGAGAUAUGGAAGCAAAAAAAAGAAAAGGGACAAAAUGACUGGCAAUUCGACAAAUUUAGUAAAACUAUCGAAAUGCGGAAUGAAAGAAAAAAGCAAGCCGCCAAGAAACUUGACGAAACAUUGAAGGACAACCGAGAAGAAAUCUGGGACAUCCAACAGAAACAACACGUGGAUGAUAUAUCCAGCAGUGCAAGCAAUGAUACGAAAAAACGACUACAGCAGAAACGGUUGCUGCAGAAGAAACAAUCAGAUCAGCAACAAGUCAGUCGACAUCCCGCAACAACUACUCCCUCCACUCCUCCAAGCCAACCCAGCCGUCCUGUCGAUGGGCCUUCCCGUCGGGCCCCAUUCUUUACCCAGCAUCCCACCGAUCGCACUGUUAGUCAGCGUCCGCAGUAUGUUCCACAAAUCGAGCAAUACGGGAACCUGGACGCUGAUGUUGCACCUAAAAUAUUCAUGGAUGGAGAUGUGAUGGAAGAGACGUCCCCGCAGGGAGCACUACACUUGGAUGGUAAUGAAGCCUUCACCUUUGCUGAAAUGAGGAAUGAGGGUUUACGUGAACAAAAGAAACUAGAAGACGAAAAACGCUUUGAAGAGAUGCGUGAACAAGAAAAGAAAAAGAUAUAUGACCGUCACAAGUUGCUGAGGGAGGCUGAAGACAGAUUAAAUCAGCAACAAGAGGAAAUUAAAAAGGCAGUACAGAUAGAUGCAGAACGCAUGAAGGUGUCUAACGCCUCAGAUUUUCAUGUCGUGGUUGCAACACAUCCCAGCGACCCUUAUGGUUUCGACUUCGACAUUCCACAGCGAAAUAUUAAACCAACAACUAUCGUUGAUCCCCCUUUUAAAGGGGGAAUGCCACUUGCAGUCACAGUCCCCGCAACUGAUCUGGAGAUACAUAGUCGCGAUUAUGAACAUAAUUCAUAUGCCGAACGUUCCGCUGACUCAGAGAUUCGGCCUAGGGAUGUGUACUUCGAUUUCCAGCACGACGACCCAUUCUCUUCUCUUGGUUCCAUGCCGAUUCACCCCCAAGUGCUCAUUGAAAAAGCGGAUUUCAAACCUUCUAAAUGUGAGGAGGAUGAUACCGAAUUAUGCGCCGUUGGUCACGGGAGUUCUAACGUCGACCUCCAAAUCCAAGUUCCCGACCGCACAAUCCAAGACGAUUCUUAUGACGUGAACAUAGACGAGCCUCCUCUCCCAAACCUCCAACCCCUGGACCCAAUAGACCCAGUCACCACCGCCAUCAAUCUCGACAUAGAACCAAUCGAUCCUCCGGAGUCUCUCCCAAACAGGUACGUGGAUCCUUAUACGCACGACGCUCAAACAGUCGGUAUGUGCAUUGCCCCGUGGAUGAAACAGACUGAAAUCGGAGACUCCACUGACAUCCCCGAGACGGAGCUGUUCCCCGCCCAGGCCCCUCGCACUGUCCGGGAUAUGCUUCAGUGGCUGGCAGGGCUUAAGAGCGAAAAGCAUCAUAGCACUCUCAGACAAUGUAUUGAUAAGGCAUUUGGUGGCUCCCAUAGUGACUUUUCACAGCUUGCACUCUCCGUCAACGGCUCUUACAUCAGACCAAAAGAUGUCUUCGACAUACUCCAGCUUACCUCCAUGUUUGCAGGUUCCGUGCUCACCUCCAUUGCACCUAACUGGAGAGCACAUGUGUCAUCAAAACCUGUGCAGCCUAAGCCAUCUGACCAAUCCGACGAGCCUGAUUGCUGCGCCCUCAUCUGCCAGCUGCGGGACUACGUCUACGCCUGCCACCACCAGUUGGAGUUCCUCAAGUCGCAGUGUAAUAGGGAUAAACUAAGUGGUGGAUGGAAACAUGAUGAGUACGGUAGAGACAUCACUCCUACCAAUUCUCACCUCCAGGCGUUCCUGACUGACGACUGGGACUCCACCUUCGACACUCACCCCUUCGACCCGUGCAACCUGUGCCACAAGAGCAGGAUAAGGAUGGGAUUUCAGGCGAAGGACUUGCCUGAGAAAUCACAAUUGGGGAGUGUCAUUUCUGCCAUCCUCUCUCCCAGCUGCGGCGGUAGUGACCCCUUGCUGACGCUGUCCUCCUACCUCAACUGCCUCACCAGGCGGACGCCGCGCACCACCGGGGAGCUCGUAUCGUACUUCCACAAUUUUGGAAAUUCACUUCAUGAUAUGUAUUUAGAUACAUUGUCUCCACUGGGCACUGCACUCGCCAAGUCACAUGCCGACUGCCCCGACUGGGACCAUCUUGGUCGCCACGACCUCCAAGCUGUCAGUGGCAUCCGUGGUCAAGAGUCUCUCAUAUCGAAACACAACUCCAACUACAGCAAUGACCAUCUACGUACCCUGUCCACACUGGUCGGCUGCGGUAGUGACCCUGACAGCUGCCAUCCACACUGCUCGCCCAUCACCUACCGGGCCUACGCCCUGUACUCCCAGAGCUUCGCCCACACCUACCUCAGCUGGGCGGUGUACCUGCCGGACCUACUGUGGGAGUCACUUCAAAAGCUGUUUUAUGAACUCAAGAAGCAUGUUAGCACCAAGUGUUCAUCCCUCCACCUGUGUUCCACUGCCCUGCCCCUCCUCUACACUCACGGGUUCACGCCACCGGAGGGCAAAUCGCAGUCACCACUCACAUGUCAACAGGUUAUCGCCAAGCUGCAGGAAAUUGUCAACGGUGGCCCUAUCGCAACCCUCAUGACUACCAUGGACAAUUUCCUCUACAACAUCCGGGAGCCGUUCAUCUACACCAUCGUCGCACUGUGGUCCACCGCAUUGCUGGUCCUCGCCAACACGAUGCUAUACCGCCUGGACAUACUCCACAUCCGUUCGCACCUUAUCCGCACCAAGGCCUCCCACCUCAUCGACGUCAAGGCCCUACUCACUAAAGGCCGGAAGAUGCUCUCACUUUACAAAGACGUCGACUACUUCGACGAGGACCCUAUUGGUUUACUUGGUUUCAAAUAG